AUGAGGGUGACUCGAGUGGCCCUCGUGCUGGCGGCCUGCCUGGCGCUAGGGCCUGUGCACGCAUCACAGGGGCUUGAUCCCUGGGAGUUCAUCGAGCUCGAGCCUGUUGCCCACAGCAGGUCGCUCCUGCAGUCCGGGGGCAGCGCAGCCGGCGGUUAUGGCGGGUACGGCUACGGCUACGGCUCGUACGGCGGCUAUGGCGGCGCCGUCGGCCACCGCCGCUUGAUCGAGGCCGGCGGGUACGGCGGCAGUUACGGGUACGGCAAAAGCGGAUAUGGGAGUGGCGGGUACGGCAGUGGCGGGUAUGGCGGGCCCGCAGCCAGGCUGCUGAUGGAGGGAUUUGGCACGGAGGAGGAGCAGCAGGAGCAGGAGCGGCUGGAGUCGGCCGCCGCGGCUGCCGCGCGCCGUGCGCAGCUGCAGCGGGAAGCCGCAGCCGUCGACGCCGGCGACGCGGACGGCGCUGACGCACCCACCGCGGCGAUAGCGAUGGCAAUGCGCGGCGCGCGCGCCGCCGCGGCGGCGAGCAGCCUGCUGUCUGUGCCGGCGGGGCAGUGCUACUGCCGCUACGACCCUGAUUACAACACUUGGGCCGUGGGCGAGGACGCGUGCAAGGCGGCGCUGUACACAAAGUGCCGGGCCGGGCAGCUGCCCUGUGGCUGGCUGGACGCGUACUACGGGCACGUUGCUGGCAGCGCCAUGGCGCACACCCUGCCGCACGAGCAAGACAUCCUCGGCUUUGUGUUCGACGACUGCCAGCCACGCCCGCCCUGCGCCUGCGCUGGCGUCAAGUUUGAUGGCAGUGACUCUGUGACCACGGCUUUCGCCUGCUGCCGCGACCUGCGUGCCGCAUGCCGCACGCCCUUCAACGGCGUGGCCUGCGCUGAUGUGGACGCGUUCUGCAAGGACGAUGUGUCAAGCGCCAAGCUGCUGCACUGGGCGCAGCACAAGCUGCACCGCGCGGCAGAGUGCGCCGCUUACUCUGGGACGCCCUAUGACUUCCGCCCCCUGUCGGCUAUCAUGGCGGCCAAUCAGAGGGAUGAAGGCUCCGUCACCGCCGUUGAGGACACCGCAGCCCUCAUCAAGGCCGCCGUCGGGGCUACAGAGCCCGCCACCGCAGCGGCUCCCGCGGCGCGGGCGUUCGCAUCCAACCGUGUGGCCGCUGCCGUCAUCGGCGUCGGCGGCAUGCUGGUCGGCAUCGCGCUCGUGGGCAUGGCAAUGACGCUGCGCACCGGCACCGGCGCCGGCCACGGGGCCGGCGCUGACGACGCGAUCGAGGGUGGUGCUGCUGGCGUCGCCGAGCCGCUGCUGUACCCGGUGCCCGAGGUUGCCAAUCGGGAGGACGAGGUCAAUGCCCUGCGUCACGUGAUCAGCUCCAACUACCUCCUCGCGUCUGCGCCACCGACCCCAAGAACAGGCGGCGCCUCGCCUGGCAGCUUCCAGGAGCACUGA